CGAAGCUCUAGUACCUGAAGCAACUGCAUCACACCACAAGCUUUGCAGUCGAGUGCACACGCGGUCGGCAUGAUGCGCGGUAGUACAGCGUGCAUAUAAGGGCAUGGCUGCACUGGCACCGAGUCUCCUCACCGCUAUUGCGACCUCAGGGACUCCUCGGCUGCUUUGCAGUCACGUACAACACUACGGAAGCAGUGUCUCAAUCAGCUUUUUCUACUCGGAGAACGCAAGCUCAAGGCAGCUGAGACAUGAGCUUUGGUACGGUUUCCGGUGCUAUCGGCAUGUAUGCUGCGGGCCUAGCUACCUGGCAGUUAGUUGGAGACCGAAAGGAAUGGGACGUCCAGUUGCACAUCAAGGAACUCAAAGCGACCAUGAAACAAAUUGAGGACAUGAGAUCCACCAUCAAGCCAGCGGAGUGCGAGUUGAUCAUGCGAUUCAGACCUGAAUUUUUCGCUCAUUGGGAUGAAUUUGCGAAGGACAUGAGUGAGGCUCUAGACAUCUGGGAUGAAGCCGCUUCAGGUGCAAGCUGGUUGCAGCGGAACAGACCAGCAUUUGCAAAUACACUAAAGCAAAAGGUGUACAAGGCGAAGCGAUCGGUAGGAGCUUUCCGAGCGGAUAUAUUGAAAACGACGAAUACCGUUAGACGCAGACUUGGUUCAACAGCAGCGGAAAAUGUUCCCUCCUGGAAUUCUAGUGCCACAAGGGACAAUCUAUCGGGCUUGAUCGAUAGGGUGAUGUCGUUGCUGCCCCUACCGCCGAUCGACGCAGGCGAUACCUUAGAAUCCCCUGAACAAAUGUUCUCUGAUGUCAACAAUCAUUCCAAUGAUGCUAGCACCAUGGUAUGAUUCUCGCGUGGAUGAAACAUUUAAGCUAUGUUACACACGCGGAGCCAUAUUUCGGGGUUGGUUGGUAGCCCUGUCUAUCCUCACUAUGUGCCGUGAUCAUCCCGCC